GGGGGUGGAGAGAGGAGGGACGCUCUGGCGCUGGGGGUGCCGGUGACAGCCCCGGCGGAGCUGGGGGAGCGAGCUGGGGUGCCCCGGGUGUCCUGCGGACUGUCGGGGCGCGCCGCUGAGACUGAGGGAAGGAAGAGCCGUCUCCCCAGGCUCUCUGCGCCCAAAACAGCCCGGGAAUGCCGGUCGGUGCCGUGCGAGGUGCGGGGCUGUGAAGGAGGCGGGCUGCGGGAGCAGUGCUGCUGUGGCCCGAUGAGAUGGGAAGAUUGAAAACACACCUGGCCAGAAAUGGGAAUAAAUCAAUAAUGUGUAUUUGGAGCCUCAGUACGGGAAAAAAGAUUAAAACUGCUGAUAACGCGUGUUUGUGAGUUGGUUCUCUUCGUUUUGUUUUGUUUUGUUUUUUUUCCCCUGUGGUUUAAAGCUCUUGAUCCAGAAUUUUACCCCAAAUUUAUGUGUGUGAAGAAUAUUGUGUCAUUAUCUUCAUGGAAAUGCUGGGAGGUACUGCCAACGAAUUCAGCUUUCUGUUAAGGUUUUUAAACUGUUCUUUUAAGAAACUUAAAUUUUUGUCAAAAUAAUCCAAGAAAACUCUUCUUACUAGAUUUAAGUAAAUAAAAAAAAUGCAAUUAAUGUUUGUUUCUCAGGAAAAAAAGUAAAGGUUAAAUCAUGUUUGUCUAGUCCUGAUUGUUAAGUGAGAGCUGCUCAUCUGGGAAAUGGGUCUUGUUAGCCUAAGAGCUCCUCAUCUGGAAAACAGAUUUUGUUACUGUUGUAGUGCAGAAAAUAACUCUUCCAUCCUGAAUCAUUUUUUGUGUGCCUGAGCAAUAAAUAACAAUAUGAAAUUAGUGACAUAGUUUGUCUAUUUUGUUUCCUAAAAUAUUUUCCUAAGUAUUUAUAAAUCCUAAAUCUUUCAAAUAAUUUUCUAAUAUUUUCUUUAUGUCUAAAGAUUUUCCAGUGGUAUUUUAGGAAACAGAAGGAGAAUUCUUGUGUAUCUCAGGUACACUGCUUUUACUUCCACUCACAAUAGACAAGCUCAUUUGUUUUUACAGGGAGAUGCUCCUGUCACUGUGGCUUGGGUUUUGCAUGUUCUUUUGUCAGAGAUGUUCCAGUUAUAUGUGUGAGACUUCCUUGUUUGAAAAUCAGCAGUGUACGUAUUUGUGUGUUUCAAGCCCUAAGUAAGGUUGUGUUUUGCUGUCUUAAGGUUUCUUAUUAUUUAUUCUGGCAUUGUUUUUACUUUUGUUUUUUAAAGAGAGUUUAGCUGAGGCUGUUUGGUUUGGUUUCUUGUUUUGCUUCCUAUUCAUGCACUCCCUCUGCAGCAUCCCAGUAUUUUUGGAUCGUACCGUCUCUGUAGUUCCCAAAUCUCUCUAUUGGAUGUGCUUCAACUUUUUGUUUUAGUAUCUAAGAUCUGCCUUAUACAGAUGGUAUUUACAUGUGUUUCUCUGGGUUGGGAAAUAAGUGUCUGUCGUUGUGUCACUGGUGCCCUAGAGGUCAACUAUAAUGUUUGAGUAAAUGUUUUACUAACUUGUUGAACUUGGUUAACUUUCACCUUCUUGAAAUUCAUCCCAUGUAAUUAUCUGAGCAUGUUUCACUGCUCGUAUUGCGCAGUGAUAGACUGCAAUUUGAAAAAAGCAGCUUGACUGACAUGUGUCUCCCUGAUGUUGUAAUUUGCCUUAUACAUAGUCCACUCCUACUAGCUGAAAUAAAAGGUGAAGAGAAGAAGUGCAGGCGCAGUGUCUCUUGUCAUGACGGUCCAAAGUGGUUUUCUUUAGGAAUUUCUGGAGUGGAAUAGCUGUUGCUGUCGUCCUGCUUCAGAACCUACUGCAGCUCUGUGAUUGCUGAUCCACACUUGACUGCCUCAAGGAGUCCUGGCAAGAUGGCAUCUUCCAGACUUCCCAUCUUUCUAGCACUGGCAUUUUCCAGUUUGUCCUUUGUUCUUUCCCAUUCAAACAGAGUGAUGUGGUUUCAGGAUUUCUUUCCACCUAACAUGUGCCCUAUAAAUGCCAAAGCCAACACUUUUUAUGGCAUAAUGUUUGAUGCAGGAAGCACUGGAACCCGGAUUCACAUUUACACCUUUGUGCAGAAGAGCCCAGAAAACCUUCCAGAGCUGGAAGGGGAAAUCUUUGAAUCUGUAAAGCCAGGUCUUUCUGCCUAUGCUGAUCAGCCUGAAAAGGGUGCUGAAACUGUCAAAAGAUUGCUGGACAUGGCCAUAGAUGCUGUGCCACCUCAUCUCUGGAAGAAGACCCCGGUAGUGUUAAAAGCCACAGCUGGUCUGCGCUUGCUGUCAGAAGAGAAAGCACAGGCUCUGCUGUUAGAGGUAAGAGAAGUCUUUGAAGAAUCACCAUUUCUUGUUCCAGAGGACAGUGUUAGCAUCAUGGACGGGUCUUAUGAAGGAAUUUUAGCCUGGAUCACUGUGAACUUUUUGACAGGGCAGCUGUCUGGCCAGAGCCAGCAUACUGUUGGGACUCUGGACUUGGGAGGAGCCUCAACCCAAAUCACAUUUCUGCCGCGGUUUGAGGAAACUUUGAAGGAAGCCCCUGGGGAUUUUCUUACCUCAUUUGAAAUGUUUAAUAGCACCUACAAGCUCUACACCCACAGCUAUUUGGGGUUUGGACUAAAAGCUGCCAGAUUAGCAAUACUUGGAGCUUUGGAUAUGGAAGCUGUGGACGGACAAAUGUUCCGCAGUUCUUGUUUGCCAAAGCAGCUGGAGGCAGAGUGGCACUUUGGGGGAGUAAAAUACCAGUAUGGUGGCAACAAAGAAGGAGAAACAGGAUUCAAGCCUUGCUACUUGGAAGUACUCAAGGUUGUCAAAGGGAAACUGCACCAACCAAAUGAGAUUCGUGGAAGUUCCUUCUAUGCUUUCUCCUAUUACUAUGAUCGUGCAGUUGACACCAACCUGAUAGAUUAUGAACAGGGAGGUGUUCUGGAAGUCAAAGAUUUUGAAAUAAAAGCCAAAGAAGUCUGUGAUAACAUGGAGAAGUACAACUCAGCCAGUCCUUUCCUCUGCAUGGAUCUCACUUACAUCACUGCUUUACUAAAGGAAGGGUUUGGAUUCAGGGACAACACGCUCUUACAGUUAACAAAGAAAGUGAACAACAUAGAGACAAGCUGGACUUUGGGUGCUACCUUUCACCUACUGCAGUCCCUGGGAUUAACCUAUUGAGCUGUGACAUUCUUGUGGACUUCAGCAUUUUUCUAAAAGGCUGAGAAAGCAAACUGGUAUCUCCAGGUACAUCAUUCAGCUGGAGUUGGUCACAGAGCAGAACAUGGACCAAAGCUAUAGAACAGACCUGCACCUCAGGUUAGCAUCGUGUAUAAUGAGUUGCCACAGUAUGAUUUAUAAUUGUGAUUGCCAUAAAUGAUCCAGAGUUGCCUUCUGAAAGUCCAAAGGCCUAAACUCCUGCUGAGUAUUCACAGGGGGCUCAAAGCCAGCUUUCACCAGCACGUUAGUGUAGCAUCCCAUUGCCAGAAGCACAGAGUGGCUGGUAUGUGGUGGCAGACUACAGACACGUUACUUCCCCUCCCCCUUUUAUUUUAAACAUACAUAACUGAUGUUUGCUUAUGAGAUGCUAAGUACAGAAAUUAAAGAUGGCAUCAACAGUCAUUCGGAGAAAAAUGAACAACUCUGGUUGCUGCCAGCCUCAAGUGUUCCAAGUACCCACCUGUUAGCUAAUACACUGCAAGAAGACUCCACUCUUUCAAGAAGCAGGGCCUGCUGUAAGCACACUUUGGGCAUGGUUUUGGGAAAGGUGUUCACUAAAACACAGGUUGUAAUUUACCAAGCAUUUCCUUAGCAGUAAUUUCCUAAGCAGAAUGUGACUCUGACUGUGUUUGUUUUGCUGCCCUUUAAAAGUCUGUGCAGUUACACCAUACAUGCGGGUACCAGACCUGAUAACUUGAUUAAUUUAGCAGGUAGUCGUAAAACAUAGUUGUGGUGGCACAACUAGGCAGCAGUGCCAGCUAUUUAAAUUCCACUGCCAGAAGAACUGCUUGUCACAUUACACCCACAAGGACAUGAAGGGUGCAGUCAGAUGAAAUGGCUGAUCUGAUAACUCAUUUGCCAUGAGAGGCAGUUCUGUUUCUCUGCACUCAGCAAGGCACUCCCACAACCUUCUUUCUUCUGAUGCUGGUGCUCAGGUUCUUCAGUGAACCAGUUCAGACACCAAAUGUUUGUUAAAUCAGCUUACCAGAGUCAAGUCCAGUGCUAGCACAAGGGAAAUAAGCAUUGCACAGCCUGGGAGACCUGUGGGGCCAGCGAGCUGUUAGAACAGCACAGUCCAUUUUGUCAGAGCUUUAAGGUCUGGUUUCCUAUCUGAAAGUUUGGGCUUACCACUUCCUGCAGUCUCCUCAGGAACCUCCUGAAUGCAGAGCUGUGGUGAAACAGGUUGUUUUUUUUAAGUUGUUUAGUAUAUGAAAAUAGGGAGAGUAGAAUUAGCAUCAAGAAACAAGAGCAGAAAUAGGUUUGCUUUCUUAUCCCUUGUCCAUUUUAAAUCAUUUUAAACUUAAUUUCUUUUUAAUAUAGUGGAGUUGGACCCACAAAACAGUGCUGCAGCCCUGCAUCACUCUGAAAUUAUUUUUAAUACAUACAGCAGAGCUUUAGGAACAGUGCUUCCAAUGAAGGAGUUGCAGCUGCUUAGGAAGCCCAAGACUUCUGUCAGGAUAGCAUGAAGCUACUUGAAUAACUAUUUAAAGUGAAUCUUGCCAUCUUUUUCACACCAAACACACAGAAACAAUAAAAAGUCAAUUAUUUUAAAUAAAUCAUCUUGUCAGGCUAGAAAGCUGGGCUGUAGGAUCCUGGUUUUCCUAUUUAAUUGGCUGUACGGAACAUGAAGAUUGCUUGGAACACCUUGAGGCUCUGAGUGCAGACCUUGCAUUGUGCUUGAUAGAAACAGCUACAGACAAUUUUUGCACCCUUUGAACACUUGGCAGCUAGCUCAUCUGUUUGCUCCUAUAAAGCAAAAAAUUAUUAUCUUCUGCUCACCAUGGAAUGUGUAAGAUAAAGAUGAAUUUACCCCAGUCAUAAGAACAGAGAGGUAUUAUGCAUGUGACUAAGGGGAGCUUUUAUCCUCUGAUCUCCUGUGAUGAACACUUUGGUGUCAAGCAUUUGCAUUUACCUAUUUGUGUAACACACCUUUCCCACUUCCGUAAAACCAAAGACUGCCCUCAUGCUACCUUCUCUGCAAAUGGAUUUGAAAAUAAAUUAGUGAUUCCCAGCAAGGGGAGGAAGUAGCUUACUCUUGCCCUCACUAACAGGUUGGAGACAGAGAAAUUUGCCUUACUGUGAACAUUAGUCCACUUCUUCUAGUCAGCAGCACAAGUUUUACUAUGACUCAUUAACCUACUCCCUUCUCGUAUCUCAGGUUUUAUGGCACUAGGGUGCAAGGUGUGCUUUUGAUUGAACAAGUUCAGUCAGCAACAGGAGUCCAAGGGCUGGGGAUGGAGCUACCCCAUACUUGUCCCACCAAUUACACCUUGCUGUAAAUUCAGGCUUUUUCUUUGAAAUAUAAAAUGCUCAUCCUGUCUGUACUCCUUACCAGAACCUCUUCUGAGAUCUGUUGUGGAAAAUUCCUGUGUCACACCAAACUUCUCUUCCUCCCUCACUACAAGCUUCUCUUGGAACAUGAAGAAAGUGGUCCUGGAGGCAGCCUGGAGGCUGUCCUCUUCUCUAGCACAAACAUUUCUUAUUCCCCUUCCUAGUGUUUGGCAAAACUUAGGCUAUGGUCUGGGUCUGCACAAGAAGGUGACUGCAAAUGCAUUCAUUUUGUCUUCAGUGAACAAUUGUAUUCACUUUUGUGUUCUUGGAGACCAAGUUGUAUGCAGUGGUUACUAGCUAGGCCGAGUUGCUCCAGAGAACUAGCUAAUCUAAUCCAAAAAAAGUUGUCUUUCAGUCUGAGCCAGUGCUAUGACAAACUCGUAUUAGAUCUUGGGGCUAAGAGCCAUAUGGACUGAGGCUGUAUUUGAAACAGAAAGGGAAGGUGGGAUGUUACAUGUAAGGAAGCAGCAGCAGCAGCUCAUCUGCCCUGAACAGACACUAGCCCUGGGGAGUACUUAAGGGUUUGGUUUUGCCUGAAGGGAGGAUGGUCUAGAACAAGACAGGUGGUAUGCAGAGGAAGUUUCUUUUCUGUGUUCUUUGCCUCAAACUCUGGUACUACAAGCACUAGGUGGGAGCAGCUGCUUCCCAGUACCAAAGUUGCAUUAAAUCUGAAUGCUCAGGGCCUUCAUUUGUCAGUGGCAAAAUUCAUUAAAUGAAGCAAAACUGCUGCUCUCUAUCUGGGGCCUGAUCCUGCAGUCAUGAGAGAAACAAAAACUUGACUCAAAGGUUUCUUUUGCAAAAAAUUGCAGAAUUAAGCCCCUUCUGUUUACAUCUGAAGUACUUAAGGUAGGUGGGGGAUCUUGAGAAGCCAGUCCUCACUUACCCAAGUGCAAUGAGAUUAUUUAUUAGCUUAACUAAAAGCCUAAGCAGCCUUUUAGGAGAAGAAUUCUACUUGCAGCCCUGGUUUUUAUCUCCUUCAUAAUGUCUUUUAUGGGAACUAAUGGGAACUGCCUAAUUGGUGAUGGAAGAAGCACAAGUGGCUUUCAGAUCUCAUUCUUCCUGAUGUCAAUUCUUGAUGCUUGUUAACCAUAUGUGUAAAUCUUGUCCAUGGGCAAUGCUUACUUAAUGUCACAAAUGUCAAAUGUCUAAUGCAGGAAGCUGGUGUUUGGAACCUUAGAGUAUUUUGAAUGUCUAUUUUAGUAAUUAAAGCAUUUUUAACAAUA